AUGCAGUUCAACUCUCUCCUCCUCACCACCCUCCUCGCCCUCACCGCCCACGCCAUCCCCCAGGACUCUGGCUCCGAGGCCCCCACCGCCACCGCCGAGCUCACCCCCGUCCAGACCUGCCUUGCCGCCUGCCCCUCCGGCGACGUCAACUGCGCGGCCAACUGCGUCGGUGUGCCGCGCCCCGAUGAGAAUGCCAUGGACCAGGUCACCGUCUGCGUCGCCGCGUGCGACCAGGGCGACGGGACCGCGGCCGCUACCGAUAAGUAUACGCAGUGCCAGAACGCGUGUUUCGGACAGUAUAUCACCCUGACCGAAACCGCGGUGCCGACGGCUGGAUCGGGAUCGGGGUCCGGAUCGGGGUCUGGGUCGGGGUCCAGGACUGGGUCGGCCGGCGCGAGUGCUACCGGUGGCUCAGGCUCAGGCUCAGGCUCAGGCUCAGACUCCGGGUCGGGUUCGGGCAGUUCUUCGGAUCCGUCUGAGACUGGAUCUGCUGGCGAGUCUGGCUCCAGCGGCUCCGGCUCAGCGGGCGCUUCAGGCACUUCGUCUGGCAUGGCUGCGGCGACCGGAUUCCCCGUCCUUGCUGGUGCCGGUGCUCUCGUCAUGGCUGCCUUGGCCUUGUAA